CGGCCGAAAUCUGGGCCAGGGCACUUUCCGGGGAGUGGAGUGGCUGUCCGGUCCGGGGACACUUGCCGUGGGCAGGGCCGCCCCUCACUGCGCCCCGGCCCCUGGGAGCCAAGGCGCUCCGGCUCGAGGCGGCGCCAAGAGCACCAUGCCCCAGAGCGUGGUCCUCCCGGGCCCUGCGCCCUGGGGCUUCAGACUGUCGGGGGGCGUAGACUUCAACCAGCCUUUGGUCAUCACCAGGAUCACUCCGGGAAGCAAGGCGGCAGCUGCUAACCUGUGUCCUGGAGAUGUCAUCCUGGCUAUUGAUGGCUUUGGUACAGAGUCCAUGACUCAUGCUGAUGCACAGGACAGGAUUAAAGCAGCAACAUACCAGCUGUGUCUCAAAAUUGACAGGGCAGAAACUCGCUUAUGGUCUCCACAGGUAUCUGAAGAUGGGAAGGCUCACCCUUUCAAAAUCAACUUAGAAGCAGAACCACAGGAUGUGAACUACUUUGAACACAAGCACAAUAUUCGGCCCAAACCUUUCAUAAUCCCAGGCCGAAGCAGUGGAUGCAGCACUCCAUCCGGCAUUGAUGGCAGCAGCGGACGUAGCACCCCUUCUUCUGUCAGCACUCUUAGUACUAUUUGCCCAGGUGACUUGAAAGUUGCUGCUAAGAUGGCCCCUAACAUUCCUUUGGAAAUGGAACUUCCCGGUGUGAAGAUUGUACAUGCUCAGUUUAAUACUCCUAUGCAGUUGUACUCAGAUGACAAUAUUAUGGAAACACUUCAGGGUCAGGUUUCAACAGCUCUAGGGGAAGCACCCUCAAUGAGUGAACCCGCAGCCUUGGUGCCCCCCCAGUCAGAUGUGUACCGGAUGCUCCAUGACAAUCGGAAUGAGCCUACUCAGCCUCGCCAGUCGGGCUCCUUCAGAGUGCUCCAGGAAUUAGUGAAUGAUGGCCCUGAUGACCGUCCUGCUGGAACUCGGAGUGUGAGAGCUCCAGUUACCAAAGCCCAUGGCAGUGCUGGCAGCGUUCGGAAGAUGCCAAUCUGUGACAAAUGUGGGAGCGGCAUCGUCGGCGCUGUUGUGAAGGCUCGGGACAAGCACCGGCAUCCGGAGUGUUUCGUGUGCGCCGACUGUAACCUCAACCUUAAGCAGAAGGGCUACUUCUUCGUGGAGGGGGAGCUGUACUGCGAGACCCACGCAAGGGCUCGCACGAGGCCCCCACAGGGCUACGACACGGUUACUCUCUAUCCCAAAGCUUAAUUAAGCCUUACACAGCCCCGAGCACGCACACACUCACGCGCACUUACUUACACACGAAGACACCGGUGGCUUUGGGCAGAAGUAGAGCAAACGGUUAGCUCCAAACCUAAAACCAAGGCUUUUAGACGUUUUUCCUACUGUUACUGAAGAACAGGGAGCGGGAGACAAAUGCCUGCUAUAAACGCACUCGGAAACAUACACUUGGCUAUGUUUUCUCUCUCUCUCGGGCUAGUAAUAACUUAAGGACAUUGAAGGCAGUAAUUUUUUUAUAUGUCAUACCCCACAAUUUAUAUUUAUAUUGUGACAUCAAGAGAUUCGGGGGAGUCUAAUUAUCUUUCCUUAACGAGCUGAUUUUGCAAUUGUAGUAAAUACCAAAUGACAAUCUUGUAGUCUAACGCAACCUGCAAUUGUCUGUUACCUGUUUUAACUAUUAUAGUGCAUGUCAGAAAGAAAUUCCCUAGAUUUCUCUAGUUUCGUAUUCAAACAGUUAUACCACCAGAUGCAACAUACAUAAUAAAUACAUAAAAUAUUUUUAAAAUA